GACAAAUUCGAUAGUGGUGUACCCGCGUUGUACCCGCGUGUGAUUGUUGUCUGUGUUGCGACUGCUGGAGUUGUCUAGCAGGGAGACUGACAUCUAUAUAACAUGGCGUCUUCUUUAGUAAUAUCAAAUCUACCAACUGUUCUUACACAACAGGAAAGUCAAGAUUUGUUGAAACAUUUCCAUGCAAGUGAGGUUCAUGUCUUUAAAAAGUGUAGAAAGAAAAAGGCAAUAUUUGCCAGGUUUUCUUCUGUUACUGCUGCUCAACAUGCUCUGCAGGAACUUCACCAAGUCAAAUUGGCUGGGUCGAGACUCAUUGUGGAAUAUGCAAGUGAUGAUAUGACCCUGAAGGGCAUUUGCAGUGAGGACGACGCCAAAUCGGCAGAUGCCGCCGAUACGACUCCCAGCUGUGCGGGGCGGCUGUCCUCGUUCCCGUUCCCGUCACCGCUGCUGCGCUACUCCUACCCGCCGCCGACGGCCGACACUCUGGCGCGGAUCUGCGCCGCUCUGCGCUCCUCGCCGCGCUUCUACACCCAGGUGUUGCACCUGAUGAACAAACUGUCGCUGCCGGCGCCGUUCGCCAGCUCGGUGGUGAGGACGCCGGUUCCGCCGGCCGCAGCGGCGGCGGCCGAGAUGCCCGCGCCGCGUGAUAUCCCUCCUCCCCCACCUCCAUCCCUGCCGCCUGCGUCAGCGGAGACGCGUGACGCGGAGGUGCAGACGGAACCCGGUGACUCUGACUCUGACUCUGAUGAGUCUGAGUGGGCCAGUGACGGUGAGGCAGCCACACGACCUCCGGCCAAGCGGCAGCGGCUGGAACGUCUGCCGGACACCGCGAAACGGCUGAGAGCUGCCCGCCUGCAGCGCCGCUCUGUCGCUGCCGCAACCCCGACCGCCCCGGUCACCGCCCACGUGCCGCUCUCCGAGGUGUUUGAGGAGCGCGUGACGGUGGCGCCCGCUCGGAAACCCGUGCUAAGGCUGCCGGCGGAGACGCCAGCCCCUCAGCCGGCGACAAAUGGGACAGCGGCGGCGGAGGCAGAGGGCGGCUUUGCCAAACUGUACCCGGUGCGGACGGCAGAGUCGGGAGACGGGUCCGACCAGGAGGGAGAGGAGGAGGAGUCGGAGUUCAUCACCGACCGGCAGCUGGCUGAGAACAGGCUCAGCGCAGAAGACCGGAAGCUUUUACCCGUGUUUGCUCGCUACACGGCCGGGGAGGUGUCAGCGCGGCUCUAUAUCAAAAACCUGGACAAACGGGUGGUGGCCGCAGAUCUCAGACGCGUGUUCGGGCGCUACAUUGACUGGACCGACGAGGAGCAUAAGAAUGCGUUCGACAUCCGGCUGAUGCAGGAGGGUCGCAUGAAGGGCCAGGCGUUUAUCAGCCUGCCGAGCACGGCGGCUGCCGAACGAGCGCUGGCCGACACCCACGGCUUCAUACUGCGGGACAAGCCGAUGGUGGUGCAGUUCGCCCGCUCGGCCCGGCCCCGAGACACUGCGAGCUGACAGAUGAACGCGCCGCAGACCGGCUGAGGGGUCGGCCAGCGCCGUCCGAGCUCAGUUGAGACUUGAGAGUACAAAGUGAGUUUGUAUUUACGACUUCGGCGAGAGGAGUUUUAACUCGAAUGAGUGAAACGUGCGAUGCGCUCCAAUCGGGUGCAUAGAAGUGUUGUUCCGAAGUUUUGAUACCAGCAAAGUGAUCAUUCCAGCUGCCUUUUCAUUAUGUGAGAUGAACCAAGCACUGCUAAUUUGACCGCGAUAAAUCGUGUAUUUUACGCUCGUUUUAUUAUGAACUCCCUUAUAAAAGAUUGGUUACGUCAGUUCUCCGAUAUCAUCGGCACAAUAUAAGAUGUGAAUUUUC